AUGAGUUUUCUAUCCACUCUCUUAAGUAAAGUCCUUCCUAAUGCUUUAAAUGUUAGCAAUUAUGCUGGUCAAGGUAUAGUUCAAGGAAUCCAGAGAAGUGGUCUUCAUGGCUAUAAACACCAAUUAGGUGGUACUCCUAUUUCUGAUGCUGAGUUCUAUCUUUUAGAUGGUCCUAUAGAUGAGAAUGAUGCUAGUAAAGAACAAGUCUUACAACAACAUGUUGGUGCUAACAAAAAACAAGUUGUAGCUGGAUUAAUUGCUGCUAAAAAAAUCUCCAAUGCUGUCUUGUACAGUCCCCUCAUUAAUUGUAAAACUGAAACUGUCACAUUAGAAGCUAAUUUAUCUUUCUACUAUUCAAAAACAGCUAAAACAGGUACUCGAAAGGAUGGUGUUCCUGUUAUUAAUUAUAAGGAUCAUGGUUAUACUCAUCUCAUUCCUAAAUUAUUCAGAAAUUAUGAUUCAUUAAAACGAUAUGAUGCUUUUGUAUUGAAUAUGGUUUUGUUCAAUCUACACAAGCGUCAACAAGUAUCACUGGAACUACUUGCAGGAAAUCGUCAAGAAUCAUCAACUUACAAUAGAAUCUAUUAUGUUAUCCGAAAUGUCACUCCUGGAAGAUUCAAAAUUACUCGAGAUGGAUUUGAACCAAAAGAUGCUACAGUCAACCCAAAUGAAGCAAUUCCUACUGAUGUAUUAGAUAAGUAUGAUAGUACUGAUAUGGAUACUAGUGGUUCUUUCUUAUCAUAUGGUACUUUAUGUUUUAUAAAAGAAAAUCUUGGAGAAAAUGAUGUUGCUAUGCAAUUCAAUAUAAAAAUGCAAUUCAUUGGAUUUAGACAACAGUCGCUUGAUGACAUUUAUGAUGAUGAUGGAAGUACAGAAAUGAGUCCUAUUACAACAAACUGUCUUCCAAAGAAAGUCUUGAAAAAGAAAAAUCUCAAUUAA